AUGUGGGGCGCCUUGCUGCGGCGUGGGGGCCGCGGCGCCGGCGUCCUCCGGGGUCUGGCGUCGGGGGGCCCACCCUGGAGCCAGGUGGUGUCGGAGGCCGAGAAGAUCGUGGGGUACCCGACGUCCUUCAUGAGCCUGCGGUGCCUGCUGAGCGACGAGCUCAGCAACAUCGCCAUGCAGGUCCGGAAGCUGGUGGGCACCAAGCACCCGCUGCUCGACACCGCCCGGGGUUUUGUGUACGAUAGCCGAAAUAAUUUGCAGAUGCGAGGUUUGGUCGUAUUGCUUAUUUCCAAAGCUGCUGGACCCAGCACGGCAGACCUCUCUUUCCAGCACAACAUGGUCAGUGGAAUUUAUUCCAGUCAAAGAAGUCUGGCUGAGAUUACGGAACUGAUCCACACUGCCUUUCUGGUGCAUCGUGGAAUAGUGAAUAUCGGUGAGCUCAAGUCGUGUGAUGGCCCGCUGAAGGAUAUGCAGUUUGGAAACAAAAUGGCUGUUUUGAGUGGAGAUUUUCUUCUAGCAAAUGCUUGCACAAGCCUUGCGCAGUUGCAGAAUACCAAGGUUGUGGAACUCAUUUCAAGUGCUAUUGGUGACUUAGUUCAAGGUAUAUAUUACGAAAACUCAAAAUCAUCUGAGGAGAACUGUCUUACAGAUGAUAUCGGCAUAUCUACGUGGACGGAGCAGGUUUUCCUGUCACAAAGUGCCUUGCUGGCAAAGAGCUGCCAGGCUGCAAUGGAGCUAGCAAAGCACAGCGCUGAGAUUCAGGACAUGGCAUUUCAGUAUGGAAAGCACAUGUCUAUGAGUCAUAAGCUACAUUCAGACCUUCAGCCAUUUGUUAAAGAAAGUUCUAGUGAUACCAUGGCCUUCAGUUUGAAUUCUGCUCCUGCAGUCCUCCAUCAGGAAUUCCUUGGAAGGGAGGCAUGGAUUAAACAGAUCAGAGAGGCACAAGGAAAAGGAAAUAUAAUGGACUACAAGAAGCUGCAGGAAGCGAUCAAGGCCGGCAAAGGUGUGACUUCUGCCAUCGACCUCUGCCGCUGCCACGGAAAGAGAGCGCUGGCAGCCCUGGAGCGCUUCCCUCCCUCCGAGGCCAGGGCCGCCUUGGCCAACAUCGUCUACGCCAUGACCAGGUUUCCCUGACACUCCGCCUUGGGAGGAGCUGCUCUCCCUCCGCGGGCGGCAGCAACCCGGAGGGGACGCCGACGACGCCCCGCACCACUGGGCACCUCAUCCCCCGUCCCGUCCCGGUGGAGGAACACGCGCCGGCUGCCGCUGCCACCAGCAAAAUUAGGGAGGGGGAAGAAAAAAGGUCACAGCCGGCUUUCGCUUGUCGUGCCAGAAGCGCACUUGAGGCUGCACCAGCAGAAAUAAUUAAUGAGUCCCAUUUCCGUGACCUCAGCAAAUGGACAGGAAAUAAGUCUGUAUUGAUUGGGCACCGGCGGGGACGGCGCCAGGGCGGAGGCCGGUGGUUUGCCUGCCCGAGGGAUGGAGGGAGGGAUGAGGGGUGUGAAGAUCCAGGUGUCACAAGAAACCCGCUCAAACCUGCCCAGAGAGAGCAAGCUGCCAAAGCCAGGAAUUAACGUACCCGCUUAUCAAGGGGAAGGGCAGUUCAGGGGAUUAACGGGGGAAAAUCCUCUCUCUGUCUGCAUGCAGUCAUGUCUCCUCACACUGUUUUUAUGUAUUCAAAUGUAAAAUUACCCUGCGCCUAAUGCUUUCCGUGUUUGAGGAACUUGCUGAGAAAAUGUGUCAAGCAUGGUAAGUAGGAGCUUUAAAAUAUUUAAUCAAAUAUUAAUUUGGCUCUGUUAAGGGAAGUGACUGCCUGGGUUUUAUACUGUGCGUAUAAAAUAUGUUGCUCUGGGUCAAAGAAGGAGGUUUUUCCAGCUCUCCUAGGGGAGGGAAUAUCCCUCCUUCAGAUCAAGCAGUUUGUUUCAACACAGUCUUACACAAAGGAAUUUCCUAGGUUUGUGACACUUGCAGUCAUUUAAGCCAAAAAUAUGUUAAUUUGUAAGGCUAGACAUCGGCCUUUGGCAGAAAGGAAGAAGGAGUGCUCUUCUGUGAGUACAGUCUUUCACCGCGCUGAAUAAAAUGCAGAAAAUACUGGAGAAGUUUUGAACUUCAGUGUGUUGAAUUUUAAAGUCCAAUUACAGACAGCAUAUAAGGUGUAUCAGAAGCCUGCAAUUUGAGACUGUCUCUGUUUUGUUCAUAGGAGAAGAUUUUUGUGGUUUGCAUGCAUGCAAUCUGAGAACGCCGUUGACAAGAAGGCUGAGUUUACAUAAAUGAUCUAGAUUGAGACUCAGCUACCUUUCUUCCUUCUGUGGUGUAAUUACAGCCCAAUCUGGAGACAGCUAGCACAGCAAACAGAUUUCAUUACAUCGCUCACUCAAACACUAAGUGGAGUUAUUUCUGUUAAAUUCUCUCCUCCCUCUUUCUCCCCUUUGCACUCCUUCCCCCUGUCACACAGCUUGUUUGUCAUAGACCAGCGUGUUGCAUUCCACCGAAUGCAAAAUAUUAUAAAUAAAAGCUCUAUCCUCUAAAAAUAUACUGAAAAUACAUCCUGCAUAAUGUACAUAAUAUUCUGUGUAAUAUAUGCCUAUGUUAUACCAUAGUAUUAUAUGUAUAAUAAGCAUCCUUGAGACACAAUCUUUGUAUGGGAGCAGCAUCCAGAACUCAGGACUCGCUUUGUUCUGGAGAAUGGCUUCAACACCAGACCGCUUCUUGCUUGCACUUUCUUUCUCAUGUCUGCCCUGGCAUUUACUCUCUUCCCAAGACUUUGGCACUUCUGCCUGAGUUAGUGCUGUUGCUGCAGCAGGAAGGCUGGAGACAGAAGAAGAGGAGCACCGAGAAGCGUGGCCCAGGCAGUGGCAGUCACAGGCAUCUGCCUUAGUGAACCACUGUAUGUUUUCACCUGUGAAGUUCCCUGAAGUUCUGCUAACAUAAAACAUGUGCUUGAAAGAAAUACCUAAAUUCAGCCAGAGUCAUAGUUCAUCUUUUUUUUGCCUCUGGUUAGGAGCCAUACCUCAUCUAUUCUUUGUCUUACAUCUGCGCUGAGGGGUUCGUAAUCAUUUAGAGCUGCAAGAAGCUUGGGUCCGCUGGAGAUAUUCUGAGCCAUCUCACCUCAGUUGUGUGAAAGAAAUAUCAAACAUAUUGUAAAACUGUGUAAGCCUGGUUUACUGUUUCAUGAAAGUACAAUUUUUUUAUUUGUACUUUUUACUAAUAAAGGCAAAUCAGCAAAAAUUAA